AUGCUUAAUGUUUCCUCUACCAGCCCUAUGGUCUCGGUACGUCUGGCACGCAGCGAGUCAUUGAAGGCUCAGGGAGAAGGCAGACGGCGGGGUGUAGCCUCAGGAUCAGAGUCUGUCCCCCGCUCUCGUAGCGAUGUGGACAUGGAGGACUGUGGCGAGGAGAGGGAAGGGCCGGGUCUCAGGCUGCUGCAGCACAGUACCUCGUCAUCUGCAUCCAGCAGCUCUGCACGGUCUCUAGAGAACCCUACACCCCCAUACACCCCUCGGUCUAGACGCAG